AUGCUUUAUUUAAAUGCUCAAAUAAAACUACAUAAUGGCAUUGCAAGUGUGGAAUGGUAUCGCAAGGAAAGCUCGAGAAUCAUACUGAUAAACGCAACGUCAGCUCAUCCUAUUGGCAUGAAAAAGGCAAUUAUUCGAAAUAUGGUCAAAACAGCAAUGUGCACAGCGGAUAGAGAACGGGAGAAAUCACUGAAACUUGCCAUAGCUAGUUCAAACGGUUACAUGAAAUCGAAAUCUAACACCCAAUCACGAACUACAAGAUGUGAAGAUGUGAUUUUGCGAAGUCAAUGCUACAAAUGGUUUCAACGCUUUGAAAAUGGAAGUGAGAGCUUAAAAGACGAAGAACACCGACGUCGUCCUCAAGUGAUAGACGACGAAUUACUGAAGAAGGCGAUCGAGUCUGAUCCGACACAAACUACAAGAAAACUUGCCCUAGAGUUCGGAUGUUCGAAUUCGACAGUUGACGAGCAUUUACAUACAAUCGGGAACACAAACGGUGCGGCAAAUGGGUUCCUUAUAAGCUGA